AUGGACGGGAGUUUCGAGGCGUGCGCGGAGGCCGCGCGGUGGCUGCGGGCGCAGUUCCGGGAGCCGCCGCGGGUGGCGCUGGUGUGCGGCUCGGGGCUGGGGGCGCUGGCCGAGGAGCUCACGGAGGCCAAAACCAUCGACUAUCGCGACAUACCGCACUUCCCCCGCAGCACCGUGCAGGGCCACGCCGGCCGAUUGGUCGUCGGGCGCCUCGGCUCCGCCCCCUGCGCCGUCCUGCAGGGGCGGUUCCACCUCUACGAGGGCCACGCCCCCAGCCAGGUGGUCAUUCCCGUCCGGACCAUGGCCCUGCUCGGUGUCCACACCCUGGUGCUGACCAACGCCGCGGGGUCGCUGCGGCCGGAGCUCGGCCCCGGUCACCUGCUGGUCAUCCGUGACCACAUCGACCUGCCCGGCCUGGCCGGACGCUCGCCCCUGGUGGGGCCCAAUGACGACAGGUUCGGGCCCCGUUUCCCGUCCAUGACCGACGCCUACGACCCGGCCCUGCGGCGCCUGGCGCUGGCGCUGGCGCCCAAGGAGCUGCGGGCGCGCUCCGGGGUCUACGUGGGCGUGGGGGGCCCGAGCUACGAGACCCCGGCCGAGUGCCGCUUCCUGCGCAGGGCGGGCGCGCACGCCGUCGGUAUGAGCACGGUCUCGGAGGCGGCGGCCGCGCGUCACCUGGGCCUGCGCGUGCUGGGGCUGUCGCUCAUCACAAACUCCGCCCCCGCCGACAGCGACGACGAGGACGAGGGUGACGUCACGGGCGGAGGGGCGGGGCCCGGGGCACGCCCCGCCCCGCCGGGGGCGGGGCACGAGGAGGUGCUGGCGGCCGCCCAGGAGGGGGCGCGGCACCUGCGGGCGCUGCUGGCGGCCCUGGCCCCGCGAUUGGACGAGCCCGGGAGACACGCCCCCCUCCGUGACGUCAUCGCGGGAGGGGCGCCGUCGUCGUAGGGGUGAUGGCGUC